GCACUACCUUCCUUCAGUCCCGUAGAGUUAUUCCAGUGUUGUGAAGUUGUGGAAACACGUAGCGGGAGCUGGGAUUAUUUUAAAGGGAACGAUGAACGCUUGAUCAAUUUGGAGAGUUGGACAUCGCAGCCUUUUGACGCGUACUUACGCUCACACUCACAUAUCUGUGACGCUCCAUUCGACCCUCACCUGUCCUGCAGCAGGACGCACGGCACGGCACGGCACUGCACGGCACGGCUGCUGUCCUCUGACAGCAGUGCGCUGGGUCCUGCAGGAUCUGCUGUGCGGUCAGCGCUGUCACCCUGACAGUGUCUCCGGUCAUGAGGAGCACCGGGAUCAGGACUGCGCCACUAUGAGACAGGAUAUAACCAAGGAAGCACCGCAGAGCUCCGCAGAGAAGAUCGAAGAGUGUGUGGAUUAUUACGGCAAAGGAAAAACAGCAGUUUGCUUUUUACACUCACGUCCAUGAUCGGUAGGGCGAGCACACUUGGCCAAGAUGGAAAAACCUGGUGGAGGCAGGAAGUGUCGACUACCCAGCAUCACCUGAAGAACUGGAAGGUGAUGCUUUGGGUGGUGGCGUCAUUACUGAUGCUGGUGGAAGAUGUGUUUUCUGAAGAGGACAAUAUAGAGGCUCAGUCGGACCUCCAGCGUGUCCUCAGGCACCCCUCCUGGUCUCCUUCAGAGGAUUCAGAGCCGGACAGAAACUUCCACACACCCUGGCCUGAAGCCAUUGAUGAGUGGUCACAGGAAGAGGAAAUCCAGCUGAGCAGAUGGCCACGCUCACCUCAUCAACCAAACUUACCCAGAACAUCAAGGAGGAACCGCAAGAGGACCAAGAGCAGCCGCGACUGUCACAUGGAGAAAAAACAGAUGCGGGUGCGUGAUCUCGGUCUCGGCUAUGAUUCAGACGAGAUAAUCCUCUUUAAAUACUGUGUUGGCACAUGCUAUAGCUCCCGCAGGAACUAUGACCUGGCCCUCAAGUCUCUUAUGGACAACGGGAGCAUCUCUGGGAAGAAGGUGAGCAGUCACCCAUGCUGUCGGCCCACCCGCUAUGAGACUGUGUCCUUCAUGGACACCCAGACGACUUGGCAGACAAUUAAGUGGCUCUCUGCAGCCAAUUGCAGCUGUGUGGGAUGACUGAAAAGAAUAGUCUAUCUGAAAUACACAAAGAGAGAAGAGCUCUUACUUGAGCAGGGUGCCACCAAGACUGGUCUUUGUAGAUGAGGUACUCAACCUUGGUUCAUGUGGUCUGAGGAGUGGGCCCAAGAUGGGGUCCACAGUCCAGAGUAAAGGGCCUCUUCUAUUGGCUACAGUCAUAAGCGGUCAAGAUACCUUCAAAUAGAGCGUGACGGCACCAGCAGGCUAUCUGGAUUUCAGCCACCAGCCUGAGGUAGUGGAAGGAUUGUUCAAUGCCAUAAGCAAUAAGUACAGAGGAGGGAUAUAUCAGUACUGUUCUUGUCUAUAAUGGAUUGAUUAUACUUUGUGUCCUUGAAUUACAUAUUGAAGGUGAAUGCAAUACCCUCUAGCAGCCAUGAUGGAGGUCUUCAACUCUUUGCAACAAAAGCUCCUGGUAGCAGUUUACAUUUCUAAGAGUGCAGCUGGGCUAUCUCAUCACAAUUCAAUAUGUUUGUACGGAAGACUUCUGUGUUCAUUUGGACAAGACAUUUUUGACUUUACCAAAGGUCUGUUUCAAGCACAAAAAUCAUAGAACCAUAUCAGAUAUCUGUCAGGCCCUACUCUAACUAGCAUGUCCUUGAGGUACAGCUAGCAUUAAAGAGGCUGAAAAAUACA